CAAGCUAAGCGGCACGCUGUUCCUGUGGCUAAUUCUAGCCAUAAUCCAACCGCAAUUAAGUUUCAAAAUUAUGAUGAAUCUGAUAUCAGGCAUGCAUUUUAAGCGCUAGAAAUGGGGAAUGCAGCUGUGAGAAAACCAGCGAAUCGGAUAAAAAUGCACUCUUGCGGACGGGUCGUUACGUCUCUCGAGAGUUUUUUCACCCCUGGAUACAGGUGCGCGAGCGCCUGCCUGGGGAGGAAGGAAUUUCAAGCUGAGCACCUGCUUGUGAAUGGAAUUCAAAGACUUUUGUCUUAUCAAAUUCGUAACGUCCCAUCGAUGAUGACGAGGCAUACCACACUGAGAAAUCGUGGUCAAUUAAACGGUUGUUCUGGAAAGUUUUGAUUACCGGUAAUAUUUUGUUUAAUUG